CGCUCUUUCCCAUCAUCACACACUCUCUCUCACUCGUUCUGCCUAUCUGGCGCUGGUUAGAGGUAAACAGAGGAGGAGAUCUCAUUUGGUUCCUGAACUGUUGCAGCGAUCAGUGCAGCCACACACACACAGACACACACACAAACUCACACAGGCUCACACAGCUCACGGGAGUCUCUGGACCAGUCUGGACGUCUGCCUGCUCAGACUGAGCAGUGGUUGAUAAAGCAGUGAAGAAGAACAGGAGGGAGAGGAGGAGCGCGUCAUCUUGUGUCGGCUGGAUUCCUCGGAUCGAGACCCCAACAGACGAUGGAGAACACGCGAGCAAGCGUUGGGGGGAAAAUGCUGCUGAGUAAAGUUUGUGGAUAUUUCUAGAGGGACCCUUGAACUUUGGGGAAGAGCUGCAGAGGACGGCCGUCUGUGUGCAGGUUGUGAGGAGGGAGCAGUGAGAACGCAUUCACUGAUCCUAUUGAAGUUUCCCGUCCAGCACGUGCAGGCGAGACGUUGGGACAGUAGGGCUCUCAGCAACAUGGCGGACACCAACCCUUCCUCCCGCCACCUUCUCCUCUUCUUCCUCCUCUCCUUCAUUAUUACUCGUCCUGCCCUCACCCAGGACCCGUCCGUCACCACGGUGACGGUAACCGGAGGAGACUCGUUAAUCGUCCCCACAACGCAGGCCAACCAGACGACUCCAAGCUACGUGGAGACCACCCAGAACUCUCCCGUGGAGACGGGCCUGUCCACUCCCAGCAGCGGAGGGGACGCAGACGACGAGGACGUGCUUCCCUCCGGCGGGACUCGUUGCCAGGGUUACUACGACGUGAUGGGCCAAUGGGACCCGCCGUUCAACUGUAACGCCGGCGUCUUUCUGUACUGCUGCGGCACCUGCUUCUACCGCUUCUGCUGCGGGUUCCGGAAGCAGCGGCUGGACCAGAACAUCUGCUCCAACUACGACACGCCCAUCUGGGCCAACACCGGCAAGCCCGUGGCCGCCAUCAACGAGGGCCAGGAGGACCAGGACCGCGACCGCACGCACCUCAUUGUCUACAUCAUCUGCGGCGUGGUGGCCAUCAUGGUGCUGGUGGGCAUCUUCACCAAACUGGGCCUGGAGAAGAGCCGUGGAGGAAGUGGAGGAGGAAUGGGGGCGGGGCCAUCGGACAUCAACUCCAGGACUCUGACGGACCUGCUGAAGCAGCAGGGAGCUGAGGUGAGCUCGGUGGAAAACACGGCGGCCGGUUCGCCCAACGGAGAGCGUGCCAACGGCACCUCGGGCAGGAUGCUGCGCAGUAGGAGUGAACAGUACCAGAUGAGUAACUCGGCUUACGGGCCGUUUGGACAAGGGCUCCCCCACCCACACAGGAACCACAGCACGGCGGGACUGAACAAGUACACCUCCCUCAAAGCCGUGGCGCACAGCGCGUCUCGUACCUACUACAAGAGCUUCCCGCUCAUGGACUUCUCCCAGGACCAGCCUGUGGCCCCUCCCAGCUUCCAGCCCGUGCCCGUGCAGCACAAAGAGAAAUCCUACAUCCACCAGCCCGUGUCGGCGCACCACGACCUCCACGCCCCCCUCUCCAUCUCCAUCCCCUCCGACCACCCGGAGCAGUCGCGCCUGCCCAAAACCACCACUCACCCGCUGCUCUCCGGCUCGGCCUUCAAAGCCUGGGAGUCGACCGGGCGCCACGUCCAGAGACAGGCCUCCGCCCCGGCACACGCCACCUCCACCGCGCAAAGCUCCGGCCGGAGGCACGGCUACUCCACCCGGAGGCAGCGGAGUAUAGAGAACAUGCAGGACCUCUUUGGCCAGCCCUACGGAGGGAUGUAUGGAGCAGGUGGAGGGGGCGCGGGGCCGGGGCAGCAGCCCAUACUGGGGCAGCAGCACGUCCAGGGGCAGCACAUACAGGGGGGGCAGCACAUACUGGGAGGGCAGCACGUGCAGGGGGGGCAGCCAUCCCAACCUUCCUACUACCACCACAACAGGCAGAAGAGCUACUCCACCCACAGCUCGACUGAGGUGACCGUCUGAGCGCCAGGCGUGGGGGAGCGGCCCGCUGCACACGGUUACAUACUAACAACAUACUAACCAGGAGCUUUGGUGUUAGCUAAAUGCCAGGGUUUGGGACAGUUGGAAUAUUAAACACGUUCAGAUUUAGAUGAAGAUGAAAAGGACUGUUUUUUCGAUAAGAUUCAGGAGAAAAUCAGCGUAGCAAAACCCACCAGUCUUUUAGGUAAAGGUCACUGUUGUACUCCAGCUUUACUCCUGUAAAGGGUAUUUUACAUUGAUCAUAUAAAGUAUAUACAGACAGGGCUGAAAGGACGCCUGUCACUCUCAGGCUCCCGUUUGUCACACAGCCGCAAAGGUUUUUCUGGCUUUAACACGGUUGCAGGCCUCACAGGACCAGCAUGGGAAACCAGAACAAGUCUCAUGCACCUGAUCUCAGAGCAGGCGGGCUCAAUUCGGUCUCUGAAUAGGUCUCACAUGCCGGAUCCCUUUCAGAAAGCCUUUGUGUUCUCUUGGUGAACCCAGGUGAAAUUGUGUACGCUGGGUCAUCAGCACGGCAGAAGGAGUAGUUUGAAUAAAAUAACCCUUCCCAUCCUCAGGGCCAUCGCAUUGCUUCUGCACUACUCCGUUGGGCCCAGAGUCGUUCUUAGGCUCAUUCACAGAAACGAAAGAAGAUAAUAACUUAUUUAAACAGCGUUUGAACCUUGAUUUAAGGGUUGGUAGUGCCAACUGCCGACAGUUAAUUAAGUUACGGACGUCUCUUUCCCGACGCAAGUCUCGGGGACGGCGUCACGUCACGGACUCUGACCUUUUAAGUCCUCACACCUGAAAGUGGUGUCAAUCUUCUCGUCUGACUCUAAAUGCAUGAAUGCCAAUGAGCAUGUUUUCCAAACGGUCGAAUUGUUUGCGCCUGCACGUAGCAACAGGGAACCAAACAUUAGAAAGCUAAUUAGAGCUGAAAUGUAUCAGAAAAAAGUCAAAGUAACCUUAUUAUGAAUACUGGGAUAAUUUGCGUUUUGGCACAAUCUUGAGACGCGUUUGGUUGAGAAGUUUCAUAUCUCCAGUUUUAUUAUUUUUGGCAAAAUUGUGAGUUCAUCUUGCUUUUGUCGGUUUCCGAUAUGAAGACCAAAUCUUUAUCUUUACUUUAAUAAGCAUGAAUGGAGCCUAAGGAUUUAAAGUGAAAAAGUUAGAGCAAAGUAAAUGGUAAUUACACAAGUAUUUAAGUAUGAUGCCUAAAUCCAAGUUAGUGUUUAUUUGAGACUACUUUCACAUUUCUCAGUGCAAUCUACACAUCACACACAUUUAAGGUCAUCAUAACUCAUCUACCAAUACCCGAUCAUUCAUAAGGUCCUUCCCAGGCCCCAUCGAUGCCUGUGUGCAGUUUGCUCCUGUCCCACUAUUCUGCAUUUCUCAGUCUACCUCCACGCACAGCUGUUUCCUCCUUGUUUCUUUCUCACCCCUCUCCCACCCUCCCUCCCUCCCUUCCUCCACAACCCCGCGCUUUACGCUCUGCAACAUCGGGCCAAGCAUACAGGCACGGCGCCCCCCGGGGUCACAUUAACUCGACGGCGAAGACAAUGGCGCCAUCACGUCAGCUCCCAUCAGCCUCCAUCCCCACCAGGGAGAGGGAGAGGAGGGAGAGGGAGAGGAGGAGAGGGAGGGACAGCGUGGGAGCCGGAGGCUGCAACUCUUUAGAAACGAAGAGAAAUGUGGGAGAGCGAUGAGAAAAAUAGAAAAACAAAUGAACAUGGCCGUGCGUUUUGUUUUUCCUCGGGGGAUGAGGGGAAAGGGGGGAAGGGGAAGUAGUCACAGUGGAUCUGGGCCUCUCGCCGCUCAGGGUGUGCGGACGUGUGCGGAUGCCUGUGUGCGAUUUCCAACCUCGGGCAACAUUGCAGGGGAAUUCACCGAGGCACUUCCAGGCCCGGAGCGUUGGGGACGUUUCUCCUGUCGGCCCUGAAGCUUGCACAGCGGGCGGCUGCUCCGGUCAAUGCAGCAGCAGCAGCAGCAGCAGCAGCCACCGGCCUGUUUAAGGUUCAUGGAUGUAACGCCCUCAGGAAACGCACUGU